GACGUGAGCAUCCCGCGACUCUCAUCAGUUACCGCACGCCUGGUACCAUGGCUUCCUCCGGGGUUGCGGGUGGGAGACAGGCCGAAGACACACUGCAGCCACCGCCCGAGCUGCUGCCGGAGUCCAAGCCGCCGCCGCCGCCUCAGCCUCUACCGGUCGCCGCGCUCCCGCCGCCGGCGGCUCCGCGCCCUCAGUCCCCCGCAGGCGUGAAGGAGGAGAAUUACUCCUUUUUGCCGUUGGUUCACAAUGUCAUCAAAUGCAUGGACAAGGACAGCCCAGAUCUCCACCAGGACCUGAAUGCUCUCAAAACAAAGUUCCAGGAGAUGAGGAAGCUCAUAGGCACCAUGCCCGGCAUACAUGUGAGCCCUGAGCAGCAACAGCAGCAGCUUCACAGCCUCCGGGAGCAAGUCAGGACCAAGAAUGAGCUUCUACAGAAGUACAAGAGCCUCUGCAUGUUUGAGAUCCCCAAGGAGUAGGGCCAGCUCCCAGGACAACUGUCAAAGGACUCAGAGCUUCACACCUGUGGUGUCCAGCUCUUUUGGGAGCCCAGCUCUAAACUGGGGGCCACAUGUGGCUGGUGUGGGGCCUCCGUGUCUGUACUCAGCCUUGACUAGCUGUGCCCUGGCCCCAUCAGCAGAUCUAGAGGGCACAGAAGGAGAGGAGAUGGCUGUUCCCUUCUUUCCCUCAUGGCCCCUCCCACUCCCCAUAUCAUCAGAGUAUAUCUGGUACAUACUGUUCCCAUUAACAGCAGUUUCAUGAAGCAUUUGCAUAGAAUUCAUGGGAUAAAUUAGGCCUGCACUCAGAUGGCAUGGAUUUAAUAUAAUUAAAGAAGGCUGGGAGAGUGUGAA